CGGCAGUUGGCAACUGUUGCCCUUGGAGUCAAACGCCAUAACUACGGAAGCCAGGAGGACCUAGUAACCUGUCAACAAAAAGCUGCAGACAGGAGACGGUGGCUUGAGGAGCCUUUAUGGAAGCUCAGGGUUUCGUUGCGGAGAUGCAGCCCCUGAGCUCGAGUCACGUCCAGCAGCCACAGAACUCACCCUCGCAGGCCCAGGCCGUUGUUUCCCAGCCGGCAACCACCAUGCAAGCAGCUACCACGGCAGCCUCGCAAACACAGGCAGUGGUGGUUGCCACGGCAACAACACAACAGGUGGCUCCUGCAACGUCCCCCCCACAGACGAGUCCACAGGCGACCGUGGUCCAGGUGUCAGCGACCAAUGGCACUCCUCACUUCAUUGCCGUUGCAGUGGCGGACGCCGAUGGACAGACACCUGGCACUGUGACACUUCAGCCGACUUCAGCAGUGCACCCUACAUAUGUCCAGUAUGUCGACAGCACUGGAGAUCCCAGCCUUUACACCGCCACUAAUGGACAGAUGACGGGUUAUCCUGUGUACAGCGUCACAGAUUCGGGGGCGAUGUACACCCCUGGCAAUGCUGCCUACUACAGCACCGCCAGCGGUACUGCGGUCACCUAUUCACAGGCUCUGGAAGUGGCGGAAGUUUCCUUUCUAAGCUCGAAAACCGACGACCAACGCAAAGUGGCCGAGAUGAUGUCGGCCUACCCAGGAGACCAGUGCGUGGUGCAAACGCUCCAGGAGGCAUCGCCCAUGCCCCUGGCCGCGGCCGCUGCCACCACUCCGGCCACCACCGUGGUGACGGCCACUGCGUCGGUGGGCGGCUCCUCCCAGCAUUCGCCCUCGUCGGGGGGCAACACUGGGCAACACCAGAACAUACGCGACAUGGACAUCAUCCACGUGCAGUGGUUGAUCGACAACUACGAGACUGCGGAGGGGGUGUCGUUGCCGCGGAGCACAUUGUACAACCACUACCUGCGGCACUGCGGGGAACACAAGCUGGAACCCGUCAAUGCCGCUUCCUUUGGAAAGCUCAUCCGUUCUGUUUUCCUUGGCUUGCGCACACGACGACUUGGCACUCGGGGCAACUCCAAGUACCACUACUACGGCAUCCGGGUGAAGCCCAACUCGCCACUGAACCAGAUCUCGGAGGAAGUGACCACCACUGCUCUGCGGCAGCAGUCGGCCACACAGGCCAAACGAUUUCGGUUGAGCGGGACCAAAUCCGGCCUGUCAGACGCGCCGGAGUCCGGUACAGCCAUGCCAAGCCAAGGCCAGGCAGCCGACGCGCCAGGGUCGACCGCCAGCGCAGCGCCGCCCAUCGCGGCUCAGCAACCUGCACAGCAGCAUCUGCAGUUUCUGGGCGAUGCCUCCGCGGCCGUUCCUGUGCUAGCCGAGGUGGACUUUGGCGGCGGCUCCCUUCCCGAUGGACUCACCAAAAAGGACGUGGAGGCGUUCCGGCGACUCUAUCAGGACCACUGCGAUGCCUUCCUGGAGGCUGUGAUGAACCUGCACUUUUCCACCGUGGAAUCCCUCUGGCAAGACCUGUGGGGAAGCAAUGACUGCAGGGAGCCAGAAAAAGGCCUGAGCCAGUCCAAGCUGCGGCUGCUGAGCAAGUGCGAGGCGGUGCAGAAGUUUGUUCAGCAUGCCGACUACCAGUUUUACCAGAACCUGGUGGAUGUUCUCAUCCCUGAUGUCCUGCGGCCCAUCCCCAGCUCCUUGACGCAGGCCAUUCGAAAUUUCGCCAAGAGCCUCGAAGGCUGGCUCACCUCGGCCAUGCAGGGCUGUCCCGAGGACAUGGUCAAAGUCAAGAUUGGCGCAGUGAGUGCUUUUGCACAGACCCUGCGGCGAUACACGUCGCUCAACCACCUGGCGCAGGCAGCACGGGCCGUGCUUCAGAACUCUUCCCAGAUCAACCAGAUGCUGUCCGACCUAAACCGGGUAGACUUCCACAACGUCCAGGAACAGGCAUCAUGGGUGUGCCAGUGUGAUGACAGCCUGGUGCGCCAGCUGGAGCAAGACUUCAAGCUGACCCUACAGCAGCAGACGUCGCUGGAGCAGUGGGCCGCCUGGCUGGACAGCGUGGUCGACCAAGUGCUGGAGCCGUUCCAAGGACGACCUGAGUUGCCCCGUGCAGCCCGACAGUUCCUGCUCAAGUGGUCCUUCUACAGUUCGAUGGUGAUCCGUGACCUGACGCUGCGGAGUGCGGCCAGCUUCGGGUCGUUCCACCUGAUCCGCCUGUUGUACGACGAGUAUAUGUUCUACCUGGUGGAGCACAGAGUGUCUAAGGCCACCGGGAAGACGCCCAUUGCCGUCAUGGGAGAGUUCCUGGGAGCCAAGGGAGCCUCCUGCAGUGCACUGAGCUCGGACGUGAUAGUCGAGAACGGCUCGUCGCCAUCCUCGUCUUCGACCGGCUCCUCACGUCCAACCUCGGGCAGCUACAGCAUGGUUCUGGCCAAUGGCUGGCCGGCCACCAUUGUGAGUCAGGCACCGAUGGUGGACGCUCCAGUCGCUAAGAAGCUCAAGAGUGUCUAGUCAGCUUGCAACCGCUUCAAUCACGUGGCUUCUCAAAGAAGCACACCUUGUCAAAUAUUGUGCUUUCACUUGCUUACUGGUGAAAAAGACUCCCAUUUUUUAUCGCCCGAAAGCAGUGACGAAUUAAGACAGUUGUGUUUAUCAUUAUCUGCCCCAAGAUGAAUGGAUCAGUCAGAUUUGUAGUUGCUUGUGGGAAAUCAUCGUAAAUGUUUCCACCACUGUUUGCACUUUUUUGCUACUCGUACGACGAGUGUGUGCCUCCACUAUGACAGGCAUGACAGGAUGUCCGUCUUAUUUCAUCAACCACCCGUUGGUCACAUUCACAGCUAGGCGUUCAUUUAUGCCCAAGCUUGGCAUGCACUUCCUUGAAUCUUCUCAUCCUCUGCAAGUUUUUUUUUUUUGUAUCAUUGGAACUCGAUGGUGGCCUAAUGUAUGAUGCAUUGUUGAAAGUAAAAGGCAUAUGACCCCAGGCUACACAAUGAACACUCACACAAAGGUACGACACAGGCUCUGAAUCAGUCUCUUUUUUUGUUCUUGUUGUUGAAGCCCGGCGCUUGUGUUGUCCUUUUGUGUGCGUGUGUGUUCGUUGUGCACCCUCGAGCGCGCUGCCGAGGGUGCACAACGCUGUAUUGACUUGCCAACUAGCCCACAAGUACAUUAAACAAAAGUGAAAGUUGCAUGAAAACAUGUGUGUACGUGUGUGUGUGUGUGUGUGUGUCGUUUAGAAACAAGAGUUAAGUCAUUUUUUCAUGCAACCUUUCACUUUCAAGUUUGUUUCCAUAAAAUGAAGGCCAAAGGACAAAUCCUACUCUGGGGCACUUUCAGGCUGAACAAUUUUCAUAAGUCGUGGUUAUGAAAACCUGAAAUGCAGAGCCGGCAUGGAGGCGUCAGCUGUAACCUAGUCAUGCCCUAUGUUUAACCAUGCUUGAUUUAAGCCUACCCAACAAGGUGUUGAUGAGAUAAGCCGGUGGCGUCAUACGUUGCACCAGGUGUAUUUACUCUGUCACAAGACUUUGUUGGGGCCCACCUCAGAGACGGUGCCACUGAAGGUGCUUUAUUGUAAUUGGUGCGUUUUUUUUGCCAACUGACAGUUGCCAUAUUGCUUUUAUAGCGUGUUGCAGCUUGAAAAUGGGAGAUAUUUUUGUUCUGUAUGAGCCAAAUGUGUUUCCAACAUUCAAUGGUGGAGUGAAAUGAAGUGCUUAAGAUUUUGUGUGAUGCCGUCAUCUCAUGGACAUUGUUCAUUGCAUGAGUUUGAUGGGUCACUGCAGUGUUCUGACAGAUGUGUGUGAAAAUUUGUGAACACCACACGAUUAUCGAACAGUGAAUAACAAAUACGAAAAUUUGAAGCCAGACACACUUGAGCCGAAACCAUCUCUUGAGUUUGUAUCUUCCUUUUAUUUAGGCCAAAAAAUAGAGGUCCUGGGAAGUGCAUUAAUUUGUCUGGCGUCAUCCCUUUGUAGCUUACUCGUUAAUGAAAAGACUUUUACACAUUUAUAGCUACUGCGAGCUUUAGUUUUAUUGUGCAAGUUGUAACUGGGAAGCAUAGAGUUUUAUAUCUGGGGCUAGUGUCUACGCAGGCUCCUUCAGCGGUGCUUGUACUCCCAUGGGAAUUAUGAGAAGUACAGGCUUCGGAUCUGCUUCGAAUAGAUCACAUUCUUGAAAUUCGCAACGCUUGUUUGUCAAGUGUCAAAUGAAAUGCUAUAAAGUUAUACCUAAUGGAAACUUGGUUCAUUCUUUUCUACCCAAACUUUAUUGCAAAAUGUUUUUGUGACCAGUUGGUAGAAGUGAAACCUGAGCAAAAUUUGCUCUGCCAUUGUGUUCCAGACUUGGCAUGAAAAUUUAAUGAAUUAUUUUUUACAACACUUGAAAAUAAACUUGCUUGUUUUGUCUCGAAAGUAUGCAUUACCUAUUUAUAGAUAUGACAAAACAGUAUCAAGUGAGAAACAUAUAACAUAUUGUCUGCUGAAAUGUCAGGUGCGUUUGUCUAAGUGGUCUGCCCCCAAUGCACCUCUUGUUUUGUUGUGAAGUCGAGCCAGGGGAGCGUGACGGUGCAUUUACUUAGCUUCGCCAUCAUUUUAUGGUCAAUUUGAAUGAGCUUCGGCAAGACGUGCUCUUAAAGAAACGUGGAUUUCAUGCAAUAUCUUCACUGCCGUGGGACACUACAUCUAUGCGCAGCAAUGAGUGGACGACGCCUUGCUUAAACUGUCAAAUACAACCUGUAAAGCUGUAACGUCGCAGCAAAAUAAGAGACCUAGCGGUCUUCAGCCUCUUUGAACAACAAAGGCACUGCUUCAGUGCUUUGGACCACACCCCACUACCUACGCAGCGUGAAGAAUGAAACUGAAGCUGUAGAAAAAGAUUCAUAGACAGUCCACUAGCUAACGCAAUCCAGUCCGAAGCCUGUACUUCUCAUGAUUUCCAUGGGAGUACACGAUUGCAGCGCCAGAUGAUAUUAUUGUAUGAAAGUCUAUACUGGGAAGGAACCAUGUUUCCAGGAGCAAUGCUCUGCCAUUGAAAACUUGCUCCUGUCUCCACUUGAAACUCCCGCAGUAAUAUAGUACGUAGUACUCGCCACAGGGGGCCCAGAUCUCACUGCUUUUUGAGUGUUAGCUAUGCCUAGCGGAUGUGAAGUUGAUUCGCAUAAUUGGUGCUGCACUUGGAAAUCAACUUAUCUUGCUAGCAGUUUUUUCUGUGACCAGAAUAAAAGUGAAUGUGAAAUUGCACUUCUUUUCAGGCAUGUGAGGCAGGCGAAAAAAGAGCUGUGAUAAGGCUGGGUGAUUUUUAAUCACCACACCAUGCUAGGAUAUGUGUAUUUGCUUUGCACAAACAAAUUUCUGUUUACUUUUCAGAGGUGCACUAGCAAGACCUGUGUCUUGUGUUCUUUUUUUUUUUUCAUAAAUAGCAAAAUAUUUUUUGCUUAGGGACUGGUAUGUGCAGUGUUUGCAGCACAAGGUUCUUUCCCAAAAGUCCUUCAAGAUGCCACACCACUGCUUUUACAUUAGUACAAAACAUGUGACCUCUCAUCAUUGACUAGGCAUUCUUCAAGGGGUACUGACACCAUUUAUCGAAGGUGUGUUCACUCAGCCAUAUGCGAGUGGAAGUACCAUAUUUACUUGUGUAAUAAGCCCACUUUUUUUUUCCUCCCAGAAAACUUGAGGGCAAUUUGGGAGGAGGGUUCACCGAUUCGAGAGUUUUGCCCUCUACAGGAGGAAACUAUCCUUGCUUUGGUCCACGAAAUGUGCAACAGACCUUUUUUGUAGACCGAAGCUCUUCUUGUUUUUUCCAGUAAUGAGUGCGCUCGGAUAGACACUGAAGUGUCGUCCAGCCGCUCGGUUCUCGUGCUCCAGUGCAUGCUUGGCCAAGUUUAACACCGCCUGUGUAGCUAGCGUGCCCAACGAAUUCCACUACGACAAACCCAAUUACAAAAAAUUGGUCCAGUAUCUGCAUGUUUCACUGCAAAUGUCAUUGAGAGACGAUGGCCUUGCUUCUGGAGGGAGUGAGUUGAACGUCUAUUGGAUGUUCUUCGCAAGAAAAAUGGUUAAUGAGAUUCUGGAGGCACUGUGUUAGAGUUACUGUAUAUGCUACUUUUAGGUAGCAGGGUUGCACCACUGUUUUCCGGCUGCCGCUCGCUCCGCCUACAGGAGUUCAGCGCCCCUACUCGCCGAGCGCCAUCACGUGGUCAUAGGUAGUUCAUUUGCACUGCGGAAAGCCAACGCUACGCAGAUUCUGCGCAGAUCAAGCGAGGUUAACAACGGCUGUUGUUAUUCUCGCCACGCUUCUUCGGCAAUGUAGCUAUGCUGCCCGUUGGUCACAAGAAGUGUAUCAGCAAAUGCAUUCUGUGUUGAAUUGUACUACAUAGAGCCCAUGCAAUUAGACGCGGGUGUUGCUAUAGAAAGAUUAGUGUUCAGUCGAAAGGAAUAAACGUUUGGCCAUUUUCGUCGGCAGGAUUUUCCCUUGGGGGUGCAAACCAUUGUUGCAUUGUGGCUUAGGGAGAGCGAGAGCACUGGUCUAGCUUGGGUGCAGGCAAGUGCUGUUGUGGCUUGAGGGGGGCAAGGGCCACUUUUCCACUUCUCUGCUGACGCCCAUGCGCUUAGAUUUUUUUUAUCGGUUCACGGCACUGCAAAACUUGCUCUAUUUGUAUUAACCACAGAUGCAGUAGUGAAUAUGUUACACAUGCUGAGUUGGGCAGUGUGUCAGCUGCAUACGUCCAAAUUAGUCUGACAAUUAAAACGCUAAAAGUAAAGGGAGAAUUUAAACUAGAACUAUUUGAAUCGGCAAGGUGUUGCUGCUAUUGUGUGAAUUGAAUGCAGCUUUGAAACUUUAAGCGAAAAGAAUGCUGGACACGACAUGGUUGUUAAACGACGAUUCACAUCAAUUGUCCUGAGCCACGAUUGUAAUAGGAUCGUAAUACAAGAUGCGCGCCUUAAUGCGGGCGUCGUACGGCCACUCUCGAUCACUAUCCAGCUCGGUUCAGUUGAAGACUACCAAGCUUUAGCUGGUUAACUCACACAGUUAACGAAUGAGCCCAACGCAAUGAAAAUAUUUCAUCUCUGGCUCGGUGGCGAUCAAGAGUGAAAAAUAAUUUUAUAUAUGUCAAUGGGAAAAACAGUGCAAAAGAAGCCGAAGCUAAUGUGUGGCGUACUAUAUAUAUACAUAUGUACUACUGGUUCAAUGAGCUGACGCAGGUUUUUUUAUUAUUAUUUACCAAAAACAUAAACAUAAAAUUUAGGCUUCCAGGCAUGAUGCGAGCAACAGAGUUUGCCUCGUGCUUUCAUAAAAAAUAGAAAGAAAAGAAAGCAAAAAAAUAGAAUCCAAACUGUAAGCGCAAGUGCUGCUCCUGCGCGGGUGAUGAGUGGCUUUCCCGCAAGACAUUUCAACCCAAGAUGGCGUAUCUUGGCGCAACUCUGCUACCUAAAGGUAGCAUAUACAGUAACUCUACAUUGUGUGAGACAUGAGCGCCAUCUGGCAGUAAUCUUGGAAAAUGGAAGGAUGGCCUCCGAUAUAGCGAGUGCGCUGCGUGUGCAUGCAGUUGGAGUCCAUAAUUUGUAGAAUGCGAGGCAACAGGUAGGUGCCACUAGCAUAUUGUCUUAGCAAAGCGCAGGAAACAACCACCUUUUCGUGCAUAGUGUUGCAUUCUCAGCGUAGUGUAAUAAAUGCUAUGCUCCUUAGAAUUAGUUAUGUAUGCCUCUUGUAGUAUAAAGAAACAUGCCACAGAUAUUGACGUGCUGAUGUUGUGCCUCAGAUAAGUGCAAUAAUUUUUUUUAAUAGACAACACGCACGAGUAUGAACGCCAAAACCAUUGGUGGCCGCUGUGGAUGUGGUUGGAUUUUGGCCGGUUCAGGCGAUGCACAGACAAGUCGAUCAACAGACUGACCAGAACUUUCCCAUUGAAGUAUCCCAAGAAAUAAAGACAUCUUAUAAAAUGCAGCAUCGUAUGAUGCAUUUUGUGAAAGCUAGUAUGAUCACUCAUAUCUAAAAGAGUUACUGGCUUACUGGCAAUCAUUUUGGAGCAGUGUAUGAUAUUUCUUCAGCCCUAAAAAAAGCUGCUUCAGUUUCUUCUUUUCUUUUUGCCACUCCUGCUCCUCAGUUUUACAAAUCUCUUGAAUUUUAGGGUCGCCAGCUUGGCAAACCAAGUUUAAAUUAUCAGUCUAAGGAUUUGACGGGUGCGGCAAAUGCUAAUGUUGCUUACACGGUGGUGUAAUUCAAAAUACUACUCUUAAUAAAAUAGCAGUGCUUAUGUUCACUCUGCACAAUUUAGGUGAUGUUGAAAGGUUUUGUACAAAUUUAUUUUUCUAAACGUCGGUCUUUUUUAAUACUACUCCAAAUUUGACAAAAAAUUGAAUGUUUUUUUGCUGUAACCUGCUCCAAAUUCGGAUUUUAGUGUUCCAAUCUUGCUUCUCGGAAAAUUGCUCCAAAACUUACUUCUGCUGUGGCACUCCUGUAUAAUGGCGUGAUCUAACGUUAUGUCAAUCAUCAAUGGCGCUGGCUAUCAUACUGAAAUAAAAUGAACAGAUACAGUAUUAAAAAAAUAGAUUUUUUUUUCAGGAACCAAGGUUGGGGGGUGGGUUCAUUACAUGAGUAAAUACAGUACUUCUGGUGACUUCGCUCAGCAGAUGACAUCGAGAACCAACACAACGCGAAGGACCACUCAUGCGCCACCAACAGAGGCUGAGAAGCCGUCGCGAUAUUUUGUGCAAGCAUGUGACCCGAAGCUUACACCGCGUACAGUAGGAACCGAAAAUAGCUCUUUAAUUACUUUUUCACGCGGUGCUUAUGCUUGGCACUAAAUUUUCUAGACUCUUGAAGGCGUCACCUUUCAGUUGGCACAAAAAAAAAAUGACAAUCGAAAAUGCCCGUGCCAGUACAUUGAAAAUGCCCGUGCCAGUACCCCUUCAUUUCAGUACUUCAUUUCAUUUCAUGUGCUGGAUGAAACCCUUUCUACUUAUAACUUUUCAUGGCCUCAAAGGCGUAUUAUUUUUAUUACUAACAUGGGAAUAUUGUACUUAGUAGACAGUGUUAAAUGAUGUGACACACUUGUUUGUUUUAUUGCGACAUUGCUUUGUUGCUAUCAUGCCUUUGUGGUACUUUGGAAGUUUUGUGAUGAAUAUCAUAGGCAGAAGCAGCUUAGCAACCUUUCAAAGGGCUCGUGCUCACGUUUAACUGUGGCUGUAUCUUUUUAUCACUUCUGAGACAGCACUGAGCUGAGUCAACACUUUCAGAAACAUUGAUACUGCAUGCAGUCACUAGCAUGAUCUCUUCACAAUACGUGAUGACAUUUUACGCACAUGUGCCAGCAACAUCGUCAGCGUGUUACAUAAGGUCCCGACUUGCACCUGUGUGUCUAAGCACAUUGUGUUUCCACUGCUUUGUACGAUGUGAGGCAUGUCUUGAGAUGUCAGGGAUUUUAGGUGCCAUGCACAACUGAUUUUAAAGCAGUGCUGUGCCUGCCGUUUCUUCGCUGCUUCUGCUGUCAGCUAGUUUGGAAAAAGAAUUGGCAAAUCAACGGAACGGCCGAGCAACUUACUUCCUGGCGGCAAUACUGACGUAUUUCCAAGCUUGUAGCCAAUUUCUGCUUUGUUAAUGGUUUCCUAGUAAUGCCAUUCAGAACUGCUCUGCAAUAAAUGAGUACUGAUUCAAUUUUGAGGCGUCCCAGAAGGGACAUUUUUAUUUUCCAUGCUCUCCACACACCAAAGCCAACCCCAAUGAACACAACAAGUCAGCACAGUUCGCUGCAAACUCUGCAUUAUGCAUGUAACCUGAAUGCAGAAAUCGGAUUCUAUGGACCCGUUGUCGCUUACGUGAGCUACGUGCGACUGAGGGCACAGUUGGUGCUGGUAUUUUGUGAGUUGUCUUCCGGUAAAGGGAGGGGGGAGGGGUCAAACUUGUGUUCACACGUCACUGCCAAGCCAUCCCCUCAACACUGAAACCAAAAUGACCAUUUCAAGUUAGCGGUUUUAAAGAUAUAUUGAGUGCACUCCCAUGCCCCACGACAUUAUUCUGGGGGGUUUUCAACAACCGUUUUUGAUAUAAAGCAACAACCUGAAAGUAUUUUAAAUUUUAAUCAGUACUUCUUUAAGCUAGCUUUUUUUCGUGCACCCCUGUAAAUUAAACCAAGAGUGCUAGCAGACAAGCAGAGUCACAAAUAUUAUUCUCUGCCACAUGUUUUUUUAUAGUGCCCACAGGGGUGUCAUGAACUAUGUGCUUAAGCACACAGGUGUCAUCGUGCUUAGGCGUUUCAUUUAGGGCUAUGUUCUAAUUUGAGACAGCAUCAAGUUUCUGUCGUUGAAGUAAUGAAUGUCUGUGGCAUCAUCUCGUGCUGACAAAAGAACGUGAUUCUUAAACUUCCUUUUUGUUUGAAUCUAUGGAAAACUUAAUGUAGCCUGCAUGUGGGCAGACAACCUCACUGGCGAGAUCCGAUAAUUUCCCCCAGCCGCCUUCUUGUUUGGACAGGAAAGUGUCCUGCGCCGUAUUUGUCUCCUGUGACGUCUUCGUGAAGCUAUCUAUUUAGCCGGCUACACGAGCAUUAGUGGCUUCACAGUCCAUUUGCCAUGUAUUUUGGAGGGAGUGUUGGCCUAAAAGACGUGCGCAAGCAUUGCUUCCUGACACAUAGUAGGAUGCAUCAACAUGUGCCCUUAGUGCAGUUUCAGAAGUGCUUGCCAUGCUUUCCUCAACUAAAAGUAAAUGAACAAAUGAUCGACAACAUAUGUGUGAUUGGAAAUGUGUCUUGAGUGCGAAAGUACAUGCGUGUUAUAACACAGGGAAAAAAAGAACAGCACGAAGUUCUGCGGGGACAGAAGGCAAAAAUGGCAUUAAAACAGCACUGACUUGCAACUGAUUCUUUCUUUAGAUAUGUGGGCACAUAGUACAUACCAUGCGCUGUUUGUUUGUUAUAUUGUGUCCUGUCAGAAUUUUGUGCAGUUUUUUUUUUUUUUCCUGAUAUGAGCAUGAACCAACUCCCCAUGCAUGCAGGUACAGUUUUGACUGUUGUCAUGCGUGGCAAAGUGGCAAGAUAUGCUCGGCUGUUUGUGACACUUGUAAGGCAUCUCUUUCCUGUGACAUAUAUUGUGUAACAUGUCUUUAUGCACUGCUUUCUUGCUUGGGAACAGUAUGUCCAUUGAAGAAUGCAUACAGACUCUAGUCAGUGCGUGAGUUACAUGUGCCUACUUCAACGGUGAACCAACUUUUUCUUUUGGUGUACAUUAUGACGCGCAGGGUCUUCUUCAUGCCAGAAACUAUAUUUGCUAACAUGGUCUGGUGCCUGUCAUUUCGCAAAUGUGUGGCUGUGAUCAGUGCAACCACAACUAUUCGGUUGGUGCCUGUUAAUUCAUAGUGCCUACAGUGCAUUGCUCACGUGCACUUUUAUCCCUCAUCAUUAUUCUCUGUCAUGAAGAGUAGAAUUGUUUGAGGCAAUUUUCCUGUUUGCAUUGGCACUUGAGUACUCAUCAACUCAUAAUUUUUUUGCUGGUACCAUCUGCAGGUUGCACGAAGCAUGCAAUUUUUACAAUUUUUGUAUUAAUGGGUUUUGCCCACCACCUAUACAAAAGGGGUCUUGCUAUUUGGAGCCUUUUUUUUUCUUUUCUCCAGGUUGCCAUUAACACUCCUUAUUUCUAUGCUCUUGGUCAUUGCAUUGAGGCAAGGCUUCAACUUACUGUGUGUGUUUGUGACCAAGGAGAUCUACUUUGUUUUGUGUGUGCACGCACAGUGGUUUCUAUGUGGUGACGUGUAAUAAAUUGUGGAUUACAACUCUCUC